AUGAAGAAAAGCCAGAGCCCGGCCAAAGCACUGGCUUUGGCUCCGGUUGAAGUCAGUAUGUCAGACAAGGAGGUUUCUGUUCAACAACUCAACGAGCUGUUAUCAAACGGCAGUGGAUUUUAUAGCCUACCCACACAACAUUUCAACGAGGUCUUCCCCAGGAUUUACGUGGGCAACGCAUUUGUGGCUCAAAACGUGAUGCGGCUACAGCGGCUUGGGGUAACCCACAUCCUCAAUGUUGCCGAGGGCAACUCCUUCAUGCAUGUCAACACCAACGCAGAGUUCUAUGCUGGCACUGGCAUCACCUACCACGGACUGAAGGCUAACGACACUGAGCACUUCAACCUCAGUGCCUUCUUUGAAGAGGGGGCUGACUUCAUCAACAAGGCCCUGGCGCACAAGGACGGGAAGGUGUACGUGCACUGCCGGGAGGGGUACAGUCGCUCCCCCACUAUGGUCAUCGCCUACCUCAUGCUGCGCCACAAGAUGGACGUGAGGACGGCGCUGGCGACCGUGCGGCACAAGCGAGAGAUCGGCCCAAACGACGGCUUCCUGCGGCAGCUGUGCCAGCUGAACGAGCAGCUCGCCAAGGAGGGCAAGCUAAAGUCCAAGUGA